AUGAGCCUCCCUACGCCGCCGACGACGGCGCACCGGCUGAAGGAAAAGGAGGCGUUAAAGGAGAAGUUAAAGGGACGGAUCAGCUGGGCGGCGCAGGAACACGUCCGGGAACACACGCCGAAUAUCUCGCCAAAACGACCCUCGACCAAAUCGGCGCACCGACUACCUCCCGUACGCGGUAUUCUCAAGUCAGAACCGUGUGCGCCUGCAUUGCCAUUUUCGGAUGACGAGUCUUUGGGGACGAAAGGGAGGGAGGAGACGCCGGAGCCAGAGGAUGUAUUGGCCAACUUGGAAUAUCUGGAGUGGCCCGUGAGCCAGAUUGUGAAGGAGGGCGUCAGUCUGCGGGAGCUGGUCGAGGCGUACAGCGUACUAGCCGCGCGCCUAAGAGGGGCGGUGGACGGGAGUACGGAAGCAGAGACGAGCUGGCCUCUCCUGCGCCCGCUCAGACGUCACGCGGACCAGCUCGUACAGGCGCUCGUGCGUGACCUCGGACGGGCGCUCGAGAACCCGCUAGCCGACGAAGAGGAUAAGGCGAUGAAAUGCGACGAAGUAUUGCUGCCCAGUCCUCGGCAAAGUCCGGGCAAGAAGGGCGGCAUGACCGAAGCCCAGGUUAAGCGCGCAAGGGACCUCGUCGGCACCGCCCACGCCGCCAUCAAGUUUUUGGUCCUCGCACUAUCCACUCCGGCGAUAUCUACAUGUUUUGCCGACGACGCGCUGGGCGAAGUCCUGACGGCGCUUCUGGCAAUACCGUUGGCGCCUGUCUUGCCAACGCCGAAUGCGAGGAAGACGUGUGCGCUCGCGAUAUGGCUCGUACAGAGCCAGCGCUUACCCGAAGAGGUCUUAUUGCCGGCCAGGGAUCGCGUGGCGUAUGCGCUCAGGCGGGCCAUCGAGGGCGAACUGGGCAAAGAGGGAAAGAAGGGCAGCAUGUCUGAUGGUCUCAAGGCCAUUCACGAUCUCAGCUUGCACGCACCAGCGGUAUUCGUGCCCGCUUUUGCUGAGCUUCUUCCGAGUAUCUUGAGCUCAUUGACCCAUGCGCCAACACUCGCUCUUCGCGCCAUGGCCGCACACGCGCUUGGUGGUCUUGCCCUCGGCUCAUCCCGCUUAUCCGUAUCUUACGCCCACACCCGCCUACAUGACGAGCUGGUACACUAUCUCGAGAUCGACGCCGCACCCACACCCAGCGCAAGCCCUUCCAAGUCUUCGCCAGUCAAGUCACCUACGAAAGCCAAGACGGGGAUCGCCGACACACCGCUCGUCACAGCGCUGAAGGCUGCAAUGAAGAACGAGCGACCGCUACACGCCGUUCAAGGACCCGUCUGGGCUCUUUCUAUCUUAGCAUCUCUCGCCGUGCUCCUCGGUUCAGGCCUGGCAGUCGACAAACGACUCACACAUCUUCUGGCCGCUCUCGCCGCCUUGGGUGCUCGUCAUGAGCGCUCUACGAUCCGUGUUCUGACUAUGCUCGCUUGCCGAGCGUUCAGCUGGGCGUGGCACCGCUCGCCAUUGGUCGGCGAGGAAGAAGAAGCCUUUGCGCCGGGCGAGGUAUACUGCCUUUCGGAAGACCCUGACCUGGCGAGGAAGCGCGAGUCGACCUGGAAGUACGCGGCCAAGGCCACCGACAUGGGCACGGGCAUCGCUGCCGUCGGCGCUGUGCUGGCAAGUCCUUACGAUGACGGGCCCGAUGUUCGUAUGCGUAGGGUAUUGCAACUUCUGCGGGAUAUGGUUAGCAAGAGCGGCCUGCCGACGCAAGAGGCUAUCGCAGUUCUCGCGAGGUUAGUCGGAGACGGCAAGGACGAGAACGGAGAGACUAUUGAGGAGUGGCAAUGGGACUGGAAGAAGCUUCUCCCGCCGCCACUGUUCAGUCCGAACACGGGUCUAUUCCAUUUCGACCUAGGAACGACGCUGGCUGGUCCAGUCAGGACAAUGUUCGACAGUACGCCUGGAGAGGAAACUAUACGACCGCUGACUACCGCAGAGCUCGCUGCGCCAGAGACACUCGUCGGUUUACUCGGUCUAUGGCGCGUAGCCAUUACAACGAUCGUCGUUCACGAGCAGUCGGGCAUCCCCGAAGACCUUCUCGCGUCCUGGAAUGGCAUCGUCCAGUGCGGCAUUCAUGUACUCUCAAUGCCUUCGGACGAUCCCGACGCAACGACCGAGGAGCUCGAAGCCGAAUGCGAAGGGCAGAUCGCCCAGUUCGGCAUGUGUCUUACGGACCACAUCAUCGGCCUGCUCAAGGACACCAAACUCGAUCUCUUACUGGACCCCAACGACCCCUCUCCCUCUUCCGAACCCGGUACGCUUCCUGGUUGCACACCUACUUCGCAACACAAGUCCGGCAAGGCGCGGAAGGAGAAGAAGACGUGGCGCAGCAACGAGAGCAUCAAGCUCGAGCUCGCGCGCCAUCUCUGGAACACAAUCGGCAUGUCGAUACCCUCGCAUCAGGCGAAGUUAGAUUGUGCGGAGCACUUCGUACGGUACCUCAUGGAGCAGGAGCCGAAUCUCGUCACCGCUAGCCGUGUGCAUUCAGCGGACGAACGCAAGCAAUGGGCGGGCUUAUGUGCGGAGGUUCUCCCCUUCGCUCCCGACGAUCUUCUCCGCGAGUUUUGGAACCUGCCUGGCUCAUCAUCGUCUUCGCCUUCUUCGUCGGCGAAGAAGGGCAGGCGCUCAUCUGAACGAUGGGACUGGCGCUGGCUUCCGGACGUCCGUGCGGCGGUGUACACGGCUUUCGCGCAGACAUGGAUUGAACAGCACGCGCCGUACACCCUGACACUGUCGCUCUUGACCCAUCCCUUCUUGCCUCGCACGACCUGGGACAUGUCGGCGCCCACCUUCGCUGCUUGGGAACAGCUUCUCGACUCCGCGAUAGAGUCAGCGUGGGAGGACGACGGCAUUCAGUCCGUCACCGUGCUCGAUUCACUGGCGAGUAGGAUCGGGAGGGAGUUCGUGGUGCUGCCUGGAGGGAUGGGCGUGAGGGUGUGCGACGUGCUGUUUGGGAAGAUGCCUGAUGAGGGCGAUAUGUUCUGCGGGGAUGAGGAGGACGAGGAAGGUGUACCUGGCGCACAGGUGUAUGUGUUGGCUGCCGAGAUGCUUGCGGGCGCAUACCCUCCGCCGCAGACGGAGAAGAUGCCGCCACUGUGGUUCCUCCGUACACUUGCGGGGAGAAUCGACCACGCGCCCCGCUCGCGUCUGCGCGCUAUCCUGGCCGUGCUUGUUGAGCCACUUUCAGCAUGGUUGCGCGAUGAAGAGGGGGUGUACAACGAGGAUGACCACAACAGUGACAUGCAGAACGUGCUCGAGAUUAUUCUCGUUUGCGCCCGUUCUCUGCCCCUCGAUAGUGACACGGCGACCAUUCUCGCGCCUCUUGCGGACGCAGUAUCUGCGCGUCCAGCUGGUGCAGCCGCGUUCGUCGACUUCUGGACGGAGACGUUUGCGACCGUGCCAGUACCGGAAAACGGGUGGCCCAAAGCGUGCCUCAAACUCCUCCCCGGCUACGUUCCAGAUUCAGAGGAUGUCGAUAUGGACAACGAAGAGCCCGGCUCGCAUCUCGCCGACACCGCCUUCGAUCUGGAUGACGAAGAAGCUGAAGUCGAGCGCGAAGUCAUCGACGUUGACUCACUCUACGACGAUGAAGAACAAGAGGUCACCGUUCCACCCAGCACCCCCACUCGUCGUACCGUGGAGCUCGAACUUCCCUCCACGCCUGUACGCCCAGCCACGCCGCCGCCGAGGCGUACACCCAAGACGCCGAACAUGCAUGUUACGCCCAGGACACCGGGUAGUUCCGCGAGGCGGAACAAGGAGAACGAAGCCACUCCAGCUGCUAAUGUACCCGUUGGCGGCCUCUUUUUGCCCCCACCACCCACAGUGCAUAAUACUCCGCGCAUGCAGCUGGCCCACGCAGCAUCCCUUCCGAACCGUCUCGCGGCGCUUCAAGCUUCUCCUACGCCUUCGAACGCCAAGGGCACUAAGCGCAGGGCGAGCGAUACCUUCGAGGCACCUCCGCCGCCAAAACGCGUUCUCCGCGAAAGUGCCAGCGGACGGGUACUUUUCGCCAAUGUCACACCGCGCUCGGAGCAUACGCUUUUCGCUCCGCCCAGCGACAGGAGCAAGGACAAGCACAGAGAGACUCUCAAGCCGAGCCCGAGCUUCGCCGUCGGAAAGUCGCCCUUCGGACGCACAGGAAGCAACAGCGACGUCUUCAAACGCGCGGGCUCACCUACGCCGCUCAAGCGUAGCGCCCCAGAGCCCAGCCCGCUCGCGAACGAGGCCGUCAUCGAGCGCGAGUUCAAACGUAUGCGCAGCCCAUCGCCGCCACUUCCUCUCGGCGCGACGAGCGUUGUCAAGCGCAGGCGCUCUAUUGUCGAAGUCGUCCUCCCUGCGCGUCGUAUACAUUCUGCGCCUGUACGCCGCAAGCCCGAAGUGGAGGUCAUCACGAUCGACGACAGCGAUGAAGACGAGGAUGACGACGUCGAAUUGCCUAGCUCGAGCCCGUUACGCGCGCUUGGUGAACUUCCGGCUCUAGCGAGCGAUGAUAGUAUCAUGCACCCAGCUACGCCACGUCGGACGCCGUUCAGCAGCGACGAUGAGCCCGUUGCCGCGCGGGGCGUGAUGAGCCCUAGCAUGCGCCGUUCUUAUGCACGCGUCUCGUCGCUCUCCGUGCUCUCGUCUUCAUCUCGCGCUCAUGGCCACAGGUCGUACAAGCGCGUGCGUGUACAGGAGGACAGCAGUGAUGAGGAGGAAGCUAGCAGCGAUCAUAGUCCGAGCAGCGAGCAUGUUGCGAGGAAGCUGGCGAGGAGCGUUAGUGAUGCUGCUGUUUGGGCUGCGAGGACCGGCAGCGAGAAGGCGAUGGUGUUGCCCGGGAGUGGAGGGGCGAAGCCGAGGGUGUUGAGGCCUGCCCGCGUUUUGGCGGGAUUGCCGGAUGACGCGGACGUCGAAUACUAA